AUGGCCCAGAAAAGGAAGUCUCUGUCGCAGGGAGCGUCGAAUCCCAAGCGCCAUCAGAAGGAAACACUCCUGGACACCUCCGACCCAAUCUACGAAGAGACUCAUUCUGAUGCUGAGUACUCGGCCCCAGGUACUCCGAGUGCCAUGAGCCAAGAUUUGAACGAGACUCCUGCUACUCCAUACUCUACUACGUCUUCCCGGUAUCCAUCCGAGCUCAAAACCCACCGGUGCCCUUUUGAAGGAUGCGACAAAGCCUUCAACCGUCCAGCUCGUCUUCAGGAACAUAUCCGAUCACACAACAAUGAAAGGCUCUUCCAGUGCACAUUCGAGGGAUGUGACAAGACCUUUUUAAGAACUUCUCAUCUCAACCACCACGUCAAAAGUGCUCAUACCGGCGUUCGAGACUACAUUUGUGACCGACCGGGGUGCGGUAAAAGCUUCGUGACUGGAUCACGACUUCGCCGACAUGAAGCUGCGCACGACGGAAGAGACAAGUUCCGCUGCACGGAGUACCCACCAUGUAACGAGACCUUCCGAAAGCACACUACGCUCCAGAAACAUGUCACGACUGUCCAUUUAAAACAGAAACCAUAUCCGUGUAUGCACACCGAUCCGGUGACGAACCAAAAAUGUCAAAUGGCAUUCGACACCGCCGGAAACUUGCGAGCCCACGAAAGCAGGGUCCAUGCCGAGAAGCGCUUCACUUGCACAGAAUGUUCUGAAACCCUACCCGAUCAAUGUUCAGACAUGAAUCGUACCGACAGUCCGAACCAAGAAGCGACAUUUCCCACAUACGCCCUUCUACAGGAUCAUAUCCGGAUCGUUCACCCUCCUAAAUGCCCUCAUUGUCCAAUCGUGUGCUCCACAUCACGAGAGCUCCGGCGUCAUCUCGAGGUUGCUCACGGGGAUGUUAGCCUUGAAGAAAGAAAAGUGUUCCUUUGCACCUACUCCGGCUGUGAUCGCAGCUUCACCAAGCAAGGCAACCUGACAGUCCAUAUCCGCACCGUCCACGAAGGCGAGAAACGAUUCGUCUGUGGAGAAACGGACCUUUCUUCCUCCAAGAAGGUGGAAAGCUGGGAUGGCAUCGGCUGUGGAAACCGUUACGGCAGUAAACUCGCACUCGAGGAACACAUACGCACCGCUCAUAUGGGACUCCAAAAUUCCAAGGCAGAGCGACGUCAGCGAUUGGGACUAAGCAAUAAGCCCUCGCAUAGCUCCAUUUCUACCUUGGCCGCUCUCACAGGCCAGGGUUAUGUCGAGGAGACAGGCCGACACAUUUCCUGCUUUUAUGACCAGUGUCCCCAUCGUUUCCAUCGCGACUACGAUCUGUGGGUGCACAUGACUAGCAAACAUGGCUGCUCGGAAGACGAGGUGCAGGGACUGUUCAUGCAACGUGCCUUGCUUGCCGAUGAUUCCGGUCCUGGCGGCAAUUCAUUGGGGAUGUACGGUCUUGGCCUUGACCAGGAGGGCCCGUCCUUCUUCAAAGAAAAUUAUGCUGCAGGCGACGGCUCAUCGGAGAUGGCUUUUGGCUCUCAGUCAAAUGACUCGAACUACCUUCCCGGCCAGCAAGCCUUGAAUACCGAUUAUUUGAUGCAAGAUGACUUUUCAGCGGGCGCAAGCGGCGAGAUGGAUUGCAUGAUAUCCGGCCAUGACGAUAUGGCCAUGAUCGAUCCCGUUCUUGCCUACAAUUUGACAGAGCAAUGA